UAUAAAAUAAAGUCAACUUUUUGUGUGUGUUCGCUAACAGGCCGUGUCUUUGCACCGAAUUUAACCAAACUUGCACACAUUGUUAAGUAGGUAUUGAAGAUGGUUUCCGUAUAGUUUGGAUACCUAUUGGUGGAUAGGGUCUCGAGAUAUAGGUCAAAACAUGGAACCGGGUAACCUUUGGAUGUGUAUAUACAAUAUGGGUAUCAAAUGGAAGCUGUUGGUGAAUGCUUUAGUACAGAGUAUUUUUCAUGUCGCUCCGUGACUGGGGUCUCGAGAUAUAGGUCAAAACGUGGACCCGGGUAACCUUUGUUGUGUAUGUGCAAUAUGGAUAUCAAAUGAAAGCUGUUGAUAAGUGCUUUAAUAAGGGGUAAUUUUCAUACCAAUUGAUUACUAAGGUCUCGAAAUAUAUGCCAAAACGUGGACCCGCCGGGUCUUUGCACCGAAUUAAACCAAACUUACACACAUUGUUAAGUAGAGUAGAAUGGGGUAAGAUAGGUAUGGGGGCACAAUAGGUAGGUGGGGUUUUCGUCGCACUGUUUUUGCAGAGGUCACUCGUCUUAUGUGAAUUGAAUACGUGGUGGGGAACAACGUUUGCGACUGUCAUUUCGGCCGUCACCAUUCAUUAGUUAUCCUAGUUCUGGCGUCGUUUAGUUUUUUGUGAGCUUUUCUCCGACAUAGCAUUUUUUUUAUUCUACGGUGCAGUGCAUUUAAUGUAUGUAAAUAUUUGUCAGGUGAGUUUUAUUUUACGUAGAAAAUAAUGCUGAACACGAAUAAUGUGUUAGUUUUUUGAUAUUAUUGUUUUAAAAAAAAUAUCGACACUAACAUAAAACAUGUGCUUGGGGGCACUAUAGGUCAGCCGUCUGGGGGCAUUAUAGGUCACUACUUUUAAUUGAAUAAAAUAAAUUUGAAUUGUUUUUGCAGCAAAAUGGUGCGUAAUUAUGUGCGAAAAACGCCGAAACGAAAUGAAGAGGAUGUAAAAAACGCAAUCGCGGCAGUCCGAGAUGGCGCUAGUGUUCGAUCAGCCUCUAAACAAUUUAAAAUUCCGUUCGAAACAUUACGUGCUCGCGUGAUGAAUUAAAGAAAAAUUCCUAACUUUUAUAACAUGUGCAGUGUUCAUACGCUAUAAAUAAAGCCAUGUACAUUGUUCUUUUCCUCUCACACAUAGUGACCUAUCGUGCCCCCCGAUUUUGAAAAUAUCGAAAAAAAGUACCUUUGUCUUAUUGAAUGCAGCUUCCAAAAAAUAUUUAGCCAAACAUAAGUCAGUAUAACCAAAAUGUUAGCAGAUAAAUAACCUUUCAAAAUCUUGCUUAUUUUUCAAAAUCAAUGCAAAAACACCGUAGCAAGAGCUCUCCAAAAAAAAAUGACCUAUCUUACCCCAUUCUACUCUAAGUAAUGAAAAUGGGUUUCGUAAAGUUUGGUUGUAAUUCGGAACACUGGCAAUGCGUACAGCGUUCUUUUGAACCAGCCAUAAUGUCGUUUACUUUUUAAACGCUUGGGGCGGAACUGAACUGUCAAAUUGACAGUGUGAGUUACAAUGUGUCAAUAUUUCUUUCUGAUUUGGACGCCAUAAGGAGAAGACGUAAGUGCAAAGUGUAAAAAUUUUUUGUGAAUUUUUUUGGAGUGGAUUUUGGAACAGUGAAUAAUUUUUUACGAAAUUUGAGAAUUUAAUGUGAAAUCCGAAUGUUCAAAUGAACCCGGAACAUCAAAUAUGUACAAUGAAGUGCUAAUCUUGGUAGAGGAUCUGUGUUUGUCAAUUGCUAAUAAAGCGUUGACACAACUUGGUAUGAUUGCACCAAAUCGAAAUAUUCACGACAUUUUCAACAAAGAGUUGGAACGAGAACAACAAUACGACGGAUUUAUUGCAUUAGCCAUUGCUUCAUCGGGUAUUGCAGCUACAUUAUUAGAAGGAGGACGUACCGCACAUUCUGCGCUCAAAUUACCAUUAAAUUUACAAGUUAAUGAAGAACCAACAUGCAAUAUUUCCAAAAGAAGUGGAAUGGCAAGGGUACUCCAACAAUGUAAAAUCAACAUUUGGGAUGAGUGUACAAUGGCGCACAAAAAAUCGUUAGAGGCACUUAAUCGUGCAUUGAAAGACUUGGGUGAAAAUCAACGUUUAUUUGGAAAUGCAUUGAUUUUAUUAACUGGUGAUUUUAGACAAACGUUACCCGUUAUUCCGCGAUCAACCCCAGCUGAUGAAUUCAAUGCGUGCUUGAAACCAUCUAAUUUGUGGCGAUAUGUGACGAAAUUAACACUAAACACAAAUGUUCGCGUUCAACUCCAAAAUGAUUCAAGUGCUGAAGUUUUUUCAAAGCAAUUGUUACAAAUUGGCAAUUCCUAUUGAUAAUAAUGGCUUAUUUAAAUUUCCAGAUAAUUUUUGUCAAAUAGCAAAAUCAAAGACCGAAUUGGUGCAAAAGGUUUUUCCCGACAUAACACAAAAUUACAAGAAUCACAAUUGGCGAAGUGAACGAGCUAUAUUAGAUGGUACGAAUAAAGAUGUGAACGAGGUAAAUGCAGAUACCUUGGGUAAAAUACCUGGUGAUACUGUUGUAUAACGGUCUGCUGACACAAUUAUCGACCAAGAUCAAGUAGUUAACUAUCCAACCGGCAAAUUGGCAAAUUCAAGAAUGAAGACGUUCUAAUACCGAGAAUUCCAAUGAUUCCACCUGAAUUGCCAUUUGAAUUCAAGCGUUUGCAACUGCCCAUUCGUUUAGCAUUUGCAAUAACUAUCAAUAAAUCACAAGAGCAAACUUUAGAAAUAUGCGGGAUGAAUUUAGAAGAACCAGUAUUCACUCAUGGUCAACUAUGCGUUGGCUGUUCACGUGUUGGGAAGGCAAAAACAUUAUAUAUGUAUUUACUCAAAAACAAAUAGAAAAACAAAAAAUACUGUUUAUGCCAAAACGCUUUGAAUAAAGAAAUAAAUAAUAUGAAAACCAUAUCUUUUCUGUUCUAAACCAUAUCUAUUCUAUUUUAGUGUGCCCAGCGAAGCGGGCCGGGUUUGCUAGUUUAUCAUAUAAAUUGAUUGGAAAAUUAUUAAAAAAAUUACAAUUAACUUUGUUUUUGUUAACAGGUGCUCGCAUGUCGUUAAAAAUGCACCUACUUCACAGUCAUUUGGAUUAUUCUGCUCCGAAUUUGGGGGCUGAAAGUGAUGAAAAAGGCGAGCGAUUUCAUCAAGAUAUUGCUACGAUUUAAAAGCGUUAUGAGGGCUUUUGGGAUCAAGGAAUGAUGAGCGACUACUGCUGGAUGCAACUUCGUGAAGAUUCCGUGCAACAUAAAAGAAGAAGUUUGAGAGUAAAAGCGUAUUUUUGACCUAAAACAUAGUCAAGUCAAAAGCUGCAAAAUCUCACGUGUUGACUUUAUGAACAGAAAAAAGUGAAUAAACUUUGAUAAUUUAGUCAAAAACGUAAAAAAUGCCUUUUUUUAACUUUCAACAGCUGUUUUGCGAAAACUACGACUUCCAUUGACACGAAUUAUAUAUUGCCAUGUAGGUUAUAUAAUAUGUGUGCCUUUCGAAAUUUAUGCACUUCAAAGAAAUAGCGUGCACUGUUUUCGAGAUUGCAGGUAAUAACUGCACUAUUGCCUAAAAAACAGGUUUUUUGGGAAUAUCUCGGAAACCGUUCUUUGAAAAAAAAAAAUAAAAUUCAGUUUUGGUUUCAGCGACCUCAAAUUAGUUUAAAAAACACCUUUUGGUCGAGGACCAUUUUUGGCGUAAACUAGUGUUAUUAGUAGAGAGAACUAAAAAGGAAAAAUAAUAAUGUUUGACAUAAAUGUAAAAUAGUUAACAGAAAAAAAUUGAUAUCAUUUUUAAAAAGUGUGGGGUAAUAAAUAGAUAAUAUCUUGAAAAACUCAUAUAAUUGUUUUACACGCGUAUCAAUAUGACGAGACCUUGUAUCAAUUUGAAAAUAAUAUCGCUUUAUUCUGAGUGAAAGAUGUGAAGCACAAUUGAUAUGUUUUUCAUUUUGUAUUUAUUUCUUCAUCUUUCUUUUGGAAUAUUAUCCUGUUCUAACAAAAGCUUAUAUACAUAUUAAUAUGCAAUACAAUAAUUAGUGUUAUUAAUGAUCGGAUGGUGAUUCCGAUGUCCAGCAUUAUUUCCAUCUCUUUCCCUUAUGAUUUCAUUCCUCAUAAGUUCUCGUAGAGUAUGACCGAUUUUAGCUCUAAGAGUUCGAAUUUCGAUAGUUGAGUUAGCAUGUUCUGUAGUUGUUAUGUCUGCGCGUGUCUCCAUGGCAUAAGUCAUUAGUGGUCGAACGCAAGUUUUAUAAGCCCUACUUUGGUUUUUGUGCUCAUUACUUUGUUUCGCCAUAUUCGACACUGAUUUCGAACUUCAACUAUCAAGAUUUGUGAAGAUGUGAUCUCUGCUCCCAAGUAAUUAAUUUGUUCCAUACUUUGGUAAUACGCAGCAAGUUUACAUCGUAAUGAAUGACGCGAUGUAGUAAGCGAUUUGGUACGGAAUUAGUCAUAUUGUAUUAUCUACUUGAUGCUUUUUGCAAUUCAAAAAGUAGCUUUUGAAAAUUAUCUUCUGAAUCUUAGAUUAGUACCGGGUCGUCUGGAUAACAAAUUAUCGCUCUUUCCGUAUUUGAUAAUUUGUAUUGAUAUAUUGAUAAUUAUUAUUUUUCCAUUUAUACGCUUAUUAUUUCAUCCAUUAUAAGGUUAAAUAAUAUGGGGCUUAACCUGUUGCCUUGAAUAUUUUGAUUUAUUGUUUUAAAUAUACAAAUCUAUCCUGCUUUGCCGUUUUUCUCUUCAAUAACGUCCGAGAUAAAUAUUAUUCAGAGCAGAUAAAGACCACGCCCACAUUUUACAUUUUAAAACUAAAUUUCCGUCUCUAGACCUAAGUUAAAUUUUUCUACAUUGUUUGGGGGUAUAUAUUACAUGUGCACUAAGUUCGGGACGAAAUCAAUUUAGCGUUUUUCUCUUAUUACAGAAUAUUGCGAACUAGAGGAUCAGGAAGUCACUAAAUUCGCAAGGAAAUCAGCGUUGCCAACCAUACCAUUUUAAUGGUAUCUAUACCAUGAAACUGAGUCCCAUACCAUAUACCAUGAUGUCUAUCAUGGUAUCAUGGUAUAACAUUUCUUCCUCAGGAGAAACGGAAUGAAUGAUUUGGGAAAAAUUUUUUUUUCGAUGCGUUUAUUUAAAAAUUUUAUCUUAGUUUUUGGACAAUUUUAUCGAUGACACGGCUUCAGUCCGUGACUGAAUCAUUUGUAUACCGUUCGUUCGCAGCUACAAUUGAAGUGAUCAAUCGGUUUAUUCUAUUCUAUUUUGAAUUGUUGUUAGCUAUAUUCUGUCCAUGAAAGUAGAGGUGUAAGAAUGGAAAGCUGGAUACUAAUCACAUUCCGAGAGCGCCACAAAAAUUCACUAGAACCUCCGGUCGAUAAAAUCACAUCCGUCCAAUUGAAAAUUUCAACGAAUCACGGGCAACGCGACGAGAAUUCUACCAAUCACAGAAUUCCUUCCGAUAGAGAUGAUUCUACUUUGUUCGUCUACCACAAAACUCAUAUCCACUCAUGGUGUAACUUCAAUUACUCGUUGUAACAUUUUUCUGAUACACGCCGGCGCUCCGUUUGAAGUUUCUACACAAUCUCACAGGAAUUUUAUGCAUAUAAAUUGAAGGAUUCAGAGUACGAGUAGAGUAUUUUGCAGGUCAUACCUCAGAUAAAUAUCGAUGAAUGACAAUAACCUUUCUAGACUCACUGAAAAAAUCACCGUAGGUGCCAUGGAAGACGAAGAGGAUACUCAUCGUACUCCUCCCAAAAAAAAAUCGAGAGUCGAGAAAAAGAAGACUAAAAUCGUGCAAAGGUUCCGGGAUGAUUGGCUGGAGAAAGAGGAAUUUAAGUUUUGGUUACAACGUGUACCUGGUAAUCUGUGUAAAGCCAGGUGUAAACUCUGUUGUCAUGAGUAUACAGCUGACAUAUCAGUAUUAAGGGCACAUGGACAAACAGAGAAACACAGAGAAAAAGAAAAACCGCUGAAAGACAAGAGCAUGAAGAUGACACAGUUUGUUCAACGUGGGAGUGGCAUAGAAGAACCUUUGAGCAUUGCAGCAAAAAGCGCAGAAAUUAGGAUAGCUGCAUUCUGUGCCGAGCACAAUAUUCCCUACGCAGCAUUAGACCACUUAUCAGACUUGCUGAAAUCAUCUUUCUCUGACUCCAAAAUUGCCCACAAAAUUGUUCUCAAACGCACUAAAGGAACUGCCAUUGUCAAAAAUGUUAUUGGUGAGACUGAGAAAUGCAGGCUAGCGGAGAAGUUGAAAAUAACUAAAUUUAGUGUGUUAACGGACGAAUCAACGGACAUUUCAGCAACUAAGACAAGUUGUUUGCUGGCGAGAUAUUUCGAUGAAGAAGAAGGUAAAAUUGUGUCGAAAUUUUGGGACUUAGUACAAGUAUUGCAGCCUGGAAAAGUGACGAGUGCAACAGCUGAACACUUAUACAAUAAUAUCAUUGCAAGUUUCAAAGAGAGGGGGAUCCCAAUGGCGAAUAUCGUUGGUUUUGGGUCUGAUGGUUGCAGUGUUAUGAUGGGUGUGCAUAACUCUGUCGCUAGUCGUUUGAAGCGAGAUUUACCACAUAUCACCAUCAUGAAAUGCAUCUGCCACUCAUUGCAUCUUUGUGCAAGCGAAGCAUGUGAACAAUUACCACGUACGUGUGAGGACUUUGCUCGCAAUAUUCACAAUUUUUUUAACAGCAGUUCUAAACGUCAAAGUGAAUAUGUUGAGUUCCAGAUGUUUUCGAAUGUUGAGGUUCACAAGCUUUUGCAUCCUUCCCAGACACGGUGGUUAUCAUUGGCAACGGUGGUUGACAGAAUUCUCGAACAGUGGCCUGCUCUGUUGCUGUAUUUCACUGACCAAUGGCUGACAAUCAAGCUGAAAAUGGCACAGUCAAUUUAUGAGUGUUUGAAUGAUCCCUUCAACAAACUGUUCUUCUUCUUCCUUCAGUGGGUCCUUCCUAAAUUUACUGGAGUCAACAAGUAUUUCCAAUCUGCUAAAGUUGUGAUCACCGAUCUGCAUGAAGUAAUGAUUGACUUAUACAAAACUCUCCUGUAUAGCUUCAUGAAGAGAAACUAUGUCAAUUCACGUCCAUUGUCAGAAGUAGACCCAGAAGAUAAAGUUCACUAUCUGCCAAUGGCAGAAAUGUACUUGGGGGUACAGGUGUUGCUAGGACAGCAGAGCAGACAAGUCCAGGAGCGAUUGGAUUUACUGACACAUUUUCGUGAGAAAUGUCAAACCUUUUUGAUUUGUGCCUGUGUUCAGAUCAAGAAGAGGUAUGAUUUUACAAAUAGUUUUUUGGAAAAUUUGAGAAUUUUCAAGCCUAAAAACGCCUUAUCCAGCAUUGAACGAGAGAAAACGCCUUCGCUCAUUCCACUCCUAGUCACGCUCCCCAGAGUUUGUGAACAAGAGAAUUAUCAAGACGUGGAUGACCAGUGGCGUCGGUUGUGCUCUUACCCCCUUGGCCAAGAGAUCAAAGCACUGGACACAGAUUUAUUUUGGGCAACAUUAUUAUCUAUACAGAACGAGGGAGGUGUGCACUUGUUCCAGAAUUUCACAGAGAUUCGAACCUCCGUUUUCCGAAUUCUGAAUAGUAGCCACACACCAACGCUUCAGCUACGACGGCCGCCGAAAAAAAAUUACAUAUACAUAUAUAAAUAUAACACUGAUUUUAUAUAUAAAAAAUAAAAAAUUUCUUACCUGAGGAACUCAAUUACUACCAUUCAAAAAGAAAUUCCAGCAGCAGAUUCAAUAGCUGCUAAAUAUGUAUUUAGUAAACACAGUGUCCAUUGAGAUUCAUUAAUUUAAGUAACCGGCUUGGGGAACAUUUAAACAAUUUAAGUCGACAGGUUUAAAAUAGACGUUAUACCCAACGUAUACGUAACUGAAACUGUUAAUUUCAAAAUGUCAUAACUUUUUUUUAAAAAAUCGUACAAUAAUUUUAAAAAAUGGGUUUUAAAGCUAAAGAGUUGUACUAUGCAACCUUUUCGUCGAAAAUUGAAAAAAAAAAUUUCUAUCCCAAAAAUGGCUAAAAUGGCCAUUUUUUGACCUUUCAGGCUUCAUUCACCAAAAGUCCUGACGUGAUGGAGCAUUUUGAAGGUCAGAUUCGUUUUCAGCGCAUAAAAAACUACAAGAAAGAAGUACAGCCAUUCUAGAAACUCACCCUCGCAGGACUGUGUAAUUAAUACAGGUGUGCUCUGCAAAUGGUACGAUUUGAAACCGGGCGAUUUGCGGAACAUGUUUGAAAAAAAAAAAAAAAAUUUAAAUGGAAACUGCUAGAGCCACAUUAUUUACAUCAUAUCCAACGAUUUCUGGCCAAACGUCUGCUUUUUGUUAAGAAAUCUCCGAAAUAGGUUUUGUAGAUCGCAAUGAUCUUCAAUAGUACGAUUUGCAGAACACGUCUGUAUGUGUAUUAUUUAAAUCAGAAGUUUUCCUGUAUGCAUAUUUAAAAAAAAUCGAAAAUUGGCAAUACAUGAUACAGAAGCUUUGGGAUUUCUAUCGUAGAUCCAUUACUUUGAAAAACAGUAACACCUGAUUUUUAUAGGGAGGAACUACAAUCAAACAAGCUUUGUUUGAGGUAUUAAGGGUUUUUUUUUUUAUUUGAAAGAUAUAUGCCAUUAUGUAUAGAAUGAAAUUGUAUGGGGCUUACGAAAGCCCAAAUAGCUUAUAUUCCAGUGUGAGGAAUUGAUUGGGCAAAGGCAAACCAAAAGGCUGACUCCUUCACCAAAAGGUGUAUUACAAGUAGUUUUGGCAGCAAGGACCUUGAAUUGUACUACCAUGAGUACAACACUACUAGCACUAUAAAUUCUAUCACCUCCGUAAAUUAAAUCUCUCCUAUAUAUUAUCUAUAUAUAUAAAAAUUAAGCCUAAAAAAAGUGUGCGUUUGUCCGGGGUAAUCUCAGCAACGCGUGUAAGGAAAACAAUGAAAGUUUCACACAUUGUUGGUGUUGCUUUGGCAAAGGUUUCUGUGAAAUCUGAUAACGCAUGUGUGUGCGGUGCGUCGGUUAAGUGAGUGUGUUUUUGCUAUUUGCCGCACUUAUUUUUUGUACCGCACAUAGCAUUCAUUAGAAUUGAAUACAUUUUGGUCGUGUGUGUCUGGGCCGAUUAUUAUGAAAUUUGGUAUAUAUAUGUUUAUAUUUUUCCACGGUGAAGGUUAGUAUAAUAUGCUUAUUGAUUCCACUCGCCACCAGGUGGCGCUGCCGAAGGCCAAAACGAAGACCCGGGUAAUCCUAGGAUGUGUUUUUACAUUGUGGGUAUCAAAUCAAAGUUACUGAUGAGUGCUUUAAUACAGAGUAUUUUUUAGAUCUCUGAGUGACCAGGGUCUCGAGAUAUAGCCGAAAAGGUGGACCAAGGUACCCUUGGAUGUGUUUGUACAAUAUGGGUAUCAGAUGGAAGCUGUUGAUGAAAGCUUUUAAGUGAAGUAAUUUUUACUGCCCGUUUCCGGGAUAAAGAAAGGAGAUGGAGCUUGAGAGGGAAGAAGAAAAUUAGUAGCUACAGGAAGAGGAAGAGGAGGAGGAAGAGGAAGAGGAAGACCACUUAUUAUUAAAAAUUAAAAAAAAAAUUCUAAAAAAAUUUUAAAAUGUUACAUAUACGCUUAUUAUAUAAACGUUAAUCUGAAGUCAGUUAUAGUGAAAAAUUCAUUGUAUCAUUGCCGGCGUGAUUGGUGAUCGUUUUCUUAAUUUUUUGCAGAAAGGUUAUGCUAAAUGAGAUAUUACCUAUAUCAUUCAUAUAUUUACGUAUUACCUGUGUACUCACAAAUAUACGGUUGAAGCAAAUAUAUGUCAGUUUUUUUACUUCGCCUGGAAAAGUUUAUCAUGCCUAUUAUGAUAAACGUCGGAUGAUAUGCGGCGGGAGUUAACUCGAUCCGCACUCGAUUCACUUUUUCACAAAAAUGGUAUUAUUGCUACCGACGGAUGCACUGCAUUACAAUCCGUGAACUGUGUUAUCAGCAUAAUCAGCUGUGCAAAAGACCAAUAAAUAUUUGUUAAAUGUGUAAAAUGGAUUCAAUAGCUUUUUUUUUGGAUUUUUAAUGAAAGUACAAGCAAUGAUGCAAGACGAACCCGGAAAAAAGUAAGGGAUAAUGCUGUUGACGUGUUCCAGUUGCCUGAUGAUGUGUAAGUUCACUUUUUAAGGACAAUUGACGAAAAUUUAUGUGAACUCCUCUUGUAGAUUUGUUAAGCAAUUCCGCCUUAAUAAGAUAGCUUUCCAAUAUGUUCUUAACAUAUUAAAGAGGGAAAUGCCUCCUGUUAUUAAAACAUGGUCGAUAUCGCCAGAGCUAAAACUAGAAGCCUGUCUAAGAUUUUUUCCUGAAGGGGGUUAUCAAAAUGGUACUGGGCAAGAUUUUAAUAUUGGCAUGGCGCAGUCCACAGUGUCCAUAGUACUGUCAGAAGUUUUAAAUAUUUUAGAGGCAACACUAUGCCCCAGAUGGAUAAGCUUGGCAAUGACCGAGACUGAAGAGCUUGAAGCCAAAAGAUAUUUUUUUGGAAAAACAAGAAUUCCCGGCAUAGUUAUGUGCGUAGAUGGCACACACAUAAAAAUUGUGAAACCUGCUGGAGACAAUUCGCAUCUUUAUUAUAAUAGGAAAGGAUAUUACAGUAUUAAUGCAAUGAUAGUAAGUUAAUUUCUGAAAUUUUAAUUGACUAAUAAAAUGACUUUUUUCUAUCUUAAGAUAUGUGACCAUAAGCAGCGAAUAAGGUAUAUGAACAGUAGGUACGCAGGUGCAAGUCACGAUUCUUUUAUUUGGGAAAAUAGUGAGGCUUCAAGACAUUUCCAAACCAUGUAUGAAAAUGGACACAGCAGCACUAGAUUGUUGGGUGACUCUGGAUACCCACUUUUACCCUGGUUGAUAACGCCCUUCCGAAAUGCCGGAGCGAAUACACCCCAAAGCCGUUUCAAUAAAAGCCAUAGCUCGGGUCGCAAUACUGUUGAACGCACAAAAGGUGUCUGGAAGAAUUGGUGUCGAUGCUUGCUCUCAGCUCGCCAACUUAAUUAUUCUCCGGAAAAAGUGGCUUAAAUUGUUAAUGUUGCGGCGGCACUUCACAACAUUCGGAUCCAUUAUAAUAUUUCAGACGAAUAUUUAGAAGGGGUUUUUGAAAGUGAAGAGUAUGAAAAUGGCGAGCCUGUACAACAUCAAAGAUAUACCAAUGAAGCAAAUCAAAUCCGGAAUGAAAUGCUACACAGCUUUUUAUAAAGAAAGAUUUUUUUGUUUUCAUUUAACGUACAUAAAUAUAUGUAUGUUUGCAUAUAUUUCUUAAGAACAAAAUAAAAACAGCCUUCUUGGCAAAUGUUGCACAUUAAAACUUAAGCUUAAAAUAUAAUAUGUUUUCAUUUAACGUACAUAAAUAUAUGUAUGUUUGUAUAUAUUUCUUAAGAACAAAAUAAAAACAGCCUUCUUGGCAAAUGUUGCACAUUAAAACUUAAGCUUAAAAUAUAAAAGCCUUCUUGGCAAAUGUUGCACUUUAAAACUUAAGCUAAACAAAAUUUCUAAUUCACAGUCAUUUUUUAAGUCUCAAUUGCUUGUUAACUUCUCCUAAUUCAAUGCUUAAAAGUUCUUUUUUCACCCUUAAUUUUUCAAUAGCAUUUGUCUCCAUAGCCAUAUUAUGUCUUUUUGUCUCCUCAAGAAAAGCUUGGAGAAUUUCAUUGUUUUUCUUCUGGUGAUCACCCAGAAGGUCAACCGACCUAGUCAGAUUUUUCAGUUCUUUUUUUACAUUUUUAA